UGCCCGGAGGGAGGAGCUUUGCGCGGAGGGGAAGGGGGCGGAGGGGGACGCGCGGAGCCGCGGGCGUGCUGCGCGUCUCCGCUCGGAGGCUGAGCGGAGGACCCUGAGCGGCCGGUGGGCGUCGGAGAGCCCGAGUCCGACUGAGCUCCGGCGGGACCCGGCACCUCACGCCCCCCCCGAGAGCCGAACCGGAGGGAUUCCUGCCACCGGGGCACCCCCGUGGGUCGGCUGGGUUUGUAGCUGACUACACUGUGCGGUCUCUGCCGGGGAAGAGUUACGCUCCGCGCCUUUGUACAGGAGCCAGCGCCAGCUGGGGCAAGGAAGGAGCCGGGAUGGCCUGGGCUCUGAAGCUGCCGCUAGCUGACGAAGUGAUCGAGUCCGGGCUGGUGCAGGACUUUGAUGCUAGCCUGUCGGGCAUUGGCCAGGAACUGGGUGCCGGUGCUUAUAGUAUGAGUGAUGUCCUUGCAUUGCCCAUUUUUAAGCAAGAAGAGUCAAGUUUGCCUCCUGAUAAUGAGAGCGAGAUCCUGCCUUUUCAAUACGUCCUCUGCGCUGCCACCUCUCCAGCAGUGAAGCUCCACGACGAGACCCUGACAUACCUCAAUCAAGGACAGUCUUAUGAAAUCCGAAUGCUAGACAAUAGAAAACUGGGAGAGCUUCCAGAACUCAAUGGCAAGCUGGUAAAGAGCAUAUUCCGUGUAGUGUUCCACGACAGGAGACUGCAGUACACUGAGCAUCAGCAGCUGGAGGGCUGGAGGUGGAACCGCCCAGGAGACAGGAUUCUCGACAUAGAUAUCCCAAUGUCUGUGGGUGUAAUCGAUCCCAGGGCCAAUCCUACCCAGCUAAACACAGUGGAGUUCCUGUGGGACCCUUCAAAGAGGACAUCUGUGUUUAUUCAGGUGCACUGCAUCAGCACUGAGUUCACGAUGAGGAAGCACGGCGGGGAGAAGGGGGUGCCGUUCCGAGUGCAGAUCGAUACCUUCAAAGAGAACGAGAGCGGAGAGUAUGCGGAGCACCUGCACUCAGCCAGCUGCCAGAUCAAAGUCUUCAAGCCUAAGGGUGCAGACAGAAAACAAAAAAUAGAUAGAGAGAAAAUGGAGAAACGGACACCCCAUGAAAAAGAGAAAUAUCAGCCUUCUUAUGAGACAACCAUACUCACAGAGUGUUCUCCAUGGCCUGAGAUCACCUACGUCAACAAUUCCCCAUCCCCUGGCUUCAACAGCUCCCAUAGCAGUUUCUCUCUUGGGGAAGGAAACGGCUCGCCCAACCACCAGCCAGAGCCACCCCCUCCAGUCACGGAUAACCUCUUGCCAACAACCACGCCUCAGGAAGCCCAGCAGUGGCUGCAUCGAAACCGGUUUUCCACGUUCACGAGGCUUUUCACCAACUUCUCAGGGGCAGAUCUACUGAAACUCACCAGAGACGACGUGAUCCAGAUCUGCGGCCCUGCAGAUGGAAUCAGACUCUUUAACGCAUUAAAAGGCCGGAUGGUGCGUCCAAGGCUAACCAUUUAUGUCUGCCAGGAGUCGUUGCAGUUGAGGGAGCAGCAGCAGCAGCAGCCACAGCCACCUCAGAAGCAGGAGGAUGGAGAUUCAAAUGGUACUUUCUUCGUGUACCAUGCUAUCUAUCUAGAAGAGCUGACAGCUGCUGAAUUAACAGAGAAAAUCGCUCAGCUUUUCAGUAUCUCUCCUCACCAGAUCAGCCAGGUUUACAAGCAGGGACCGACAGGAAUCCACGUGCUCAUCAGCGAUGAGAUGGUUCAGAACUUCCAGGAAGAAGCCUGCUUUGUUCUGGACACAUUGGAAGAGACCAGUGAUAGCUAUCAUGUCAUUCUCAAGUAGGACGAGGCUCCCACAUUCGAUGGCUGCUGCUGCCUUCACCUUUUGAAGGAGACAUGACUGGAGAUUAAAGGUCUUCAGGAACCUGGCACUUCUGAAAGUUUGAGGGGAGGUGUCCAGUGCUGGGUGAGACGGCCCUAACGUGGAGUCCCAGACCCUGUAUUGGCCCCUACUGUAUGACGUCCUCAGAUCACUGGCCAGACAUGGAGUUCAGCAGUUUCCUUAGUUUCUGGCCCCUGUUGAUUCCAGUAAGAAGCCCCAUCAUUAGGAUUUGUAGAGGGCAGAGCAGGAAUGGGAGUCAUGUGAUGUUUUUGGAAAGAUGUUUAAUUUUGUGAUAAAGAGCUCUGACAUUUUCCUAAUACAAAAGUGAACAUCUGUCUUCAUAAAACCAAGUUAUCUGUUUUGUAUCAAGCCUCUUGUCAGCUCUGCUCUGUUCACAGCUAUGAGGGGGAGGAACAGAAUCAAUUGUUACUUUUUUUUUUUUUUUUUUUUUUUUUUUUUGACACAGGGUUCCAUGUUCUUGCCUCUAGCUCCCAAGAGUUGGGAUUACAAGCUCUUGCCAUCUGGUCUGUUUCUGCAGUGCUGGGCUUGAACCCAGAGCCUCACAUGCUAGGCGAGCACUUUCUCCAGCUGAGCUAGCUCCAGCAGGCCCCUUCCCUUUAGUGUUAAGACAGUCUCCAGAUUUCUAAUUUGGUUCACCUGCAAUACCACAACUGAGUGAUUUUGAUUAAUAUGUAUUUGGGUAGAUGAAUGAUAAAUCCCAUGGAUGGAUUAUCUUGUUUUAUCCCCUUAAUAAACCCAAAACAGCUGGGGAAACAGUGACUUGAGGAUGAGGAAACACAGAUGAAGUAGCGGGGCAACUGAUGCCACCAGAUGCCACUCUUUGCUGCCUUUCCUCACCAUUGGUUUGUUCUGGGGCUAUGCUGGAAACUGAUGGACUAGCCGCUGAGGAGGGCGAGCAUACCUGAAUAUAGUGACAGUGAAUCCCCAGAGCAGACAGACAGACACCCAGUGUCACACUAACCUUGGCACAGAGCUGGAGGUGAGAGAGACAAGAGUGUCUGCCCCCAGGUUUCAUUGUUCGUGAAUGGUAUUCUCAAGCUGUAGAAGUACAUGAGCAACUCCACCCUGCUCUUCCCCCACCCCCCUCCCCCGUCUUGUUUUGGCAUAGUGUUUUGUUUUUGUUUUUAAUGUAAGCUUUAUAAAAAAAAAUAUAUUCUUUUCCCA